AUGAAUAAUCAUUCAGCUGUAGCACCCUUUCGGUGCCUAGCUUCCAUGCCGCACGAAGGAGGCACGAGGGCUGAGAUACUGCCAGGUCGCCCAAACCUAGACAGGGGAAGUCGAGUGGCGGAGGUCGGAUUCGAACCACGGACCUUCCGGUCAGCAACUGAAUGUGCUGCACCAGGCCGCCUCAUGUUUCAGUCCGGUUUCGCCCUUUUCGGGGCUCAUCAGGUAGGCGCAGUCCCCGGGUUUCCGUCAACCUUAUGUUCUACAUUACAAAUAUACAUGUAUCGCGAUAUUUCAAAUAUCGCCUGGGCAACCUGGCAGUAUCCGAUCCCUCAUGCUUCCUUUGGGUGGCAUGACAGCUCGGCACCGAAGGGGUUAUUUUUAUACCCCAAACUAAUACUUCGCCACAAGCCAGCUAACGAGAGUAAAUGUGAAGAAAUUACACGACAGAACAAAGCAAACCAGGCAAAUUUAACGUCUAAGUUUCAAAUGUUCAAAACUAUGGGACCCUUUCGGUGCCUGACUGCAAUGGCACCAGAAGGAAGCAUGAGGGCUAGAAUAUUGCCAGGUUGUCCAAGCCAAGACAGGGGAAGUCGAGAGGCAGAAGUCGGGUUCGAACAACGGACCUUCCGUUCAAUAACCUCACGCUACAUCAUCUGUCACGUAGUGCCAUCAGCUAGGUCGCCUUACUUACUGAAUAUAGCUGUAGAGCAAAAACAGGCCCACAGAUGGGAACUGACAUAUCCGUUCGCCAUUAGCCGCAAUACCUACAGUCAACUCAGCCGUAAAAUUUCGAAAUUGUUCUUCAAAUCCAGAGGCUCGGUUCGUCUGACAGCCUUAAACGUUCACACUCUGAAACAAGUCGGUUAA